GGCUUUGGGCGCGAGCGGUCGAAAGGCAGUUGGUGUCGGUUCGGUUGCUCGUUCUGGUCCAGUGGCCCCAGCUCAGUCCAAUGGCUGACUCUAAGGAGUAUCGGGCUUCUUCGCCGCCGCCGCCUCCUCCCUCAUCUCCAUCGUCAGGCGCCUCUUCGUCGUCCCUCAGCAUGCCAGUGAGUUUGGGCUGGCGGGGUCCGAGCAGGAGUCCCGGUCCAACCGUGGACCCGCUGGAGCAAGUGGAGCUGCAGAUCGGAGACGCGGCGUUUUCAUUAACUAAACUUCUCGAAGCCACAUCUGCGGUAUCAGCUCAAGUGGAAGAACUUGCCCUGAAAUGUACAGAAAAUGCACGUUUCCUUAAGACGUGGCGGGACCUCCUGAAAGAAGGCUAUGAUUCCCUGAAACCCGACAACUGACUUGCAGAUGUAGUCGAGUAAAGACUUGCACAUGAGCUAUUUGCACGUAGAGCACAUGUUCGGGGCUGCCCGUCUCCAGGCAUUUAGACUGAGAAUGAGACUUUUCUUGGUAUUCGGGACUUGGUGAAAGCAGAAUACUGGGCUCUUUUAUUUGCUUGUGUGUUUUCUCUGAUAUGGCAGUAUUUUACCUUAGAUGCUUUCUGCCCUCUAAGCUUUUGUUGACUCCUUUAUUAGAGCUCAUUCUAUCAGUAAGUAAUGUCACAAUAGUGCCCCCCUGCAACCAGGUCAUCAUGUGAGAUGAUGACAAGAAUGCUUGAAUUGGGAAUUGAGCUUGGUGUGUCUCCUAAGGUGGGCCAUGAGGAUUUCAGGUGCGUGGUCCAGCGCCACAGGACACCUGCUGGAAAACUGGCGGUGGCCCUUAUUUACUCCCUUAUCCCAGGGCCCACAGCCAGGUCACAACACUCACUGUCUGUGAAUGAGACUCGAUGAGUUAAUUAAAGCUACUUUUGACUCCUGUCUUUUAGGAUGAAGACUGUUUCUCUAAGAAAACUGUAUGAAUCUGAACUUCAUUGGCUUGAAGGAAAAAUUCUCUCUUUUGUUCUGUCUCUCUAUUUUAAUGAGAAGCUGACAUUUUUUUUUCUGUCUUGAAGCAGUCUUCCUGGGAAGCCCAUUCUCCUGUCUUAGGAGCCAGGACUACUGGU